GGACGCACCAGACACCCCCUACGGCGCUUCGGAGGACCCAAAAGGAAUGGGCGCCCCCGCCCCCCGGCCGGGCAGGUACGGUUUCCUCCCGCCUCGGGGUCAGAAAGGGUGAGUGGCGCAGAGCUCGCCCCUUGGCGGCGUCUCUCUGAAGGCGGAGGACGCGCGGCGGCUCGCUUAUGGGCCGGGAGGCUCCGCGGGCUGGACGAAGACUGCAGCUUCUCGUCCGCGCUGGGAUGGGAACGGCUUGCAAAGGGAGCCCAGCUGGGGCCCCGGAAGCGGCCAGCCGCCUGGCGGCCCCACCAGCGCGUGCCCCGCACGUACCCGGCUGCUCUGAGCGUCACAAGAAGGCAGCCUUUCGCACGGGUAAAAUCCGCGCGGGGACGCCGGGAGAAUGUUGUUGCUUUUGCCGUUCGGCCCAUUGUACAGACGCAGCCAGCGAGGCUCGCAGAGGCCAGGGAUGCACGUGGGACCGGCCUGCAACUUGCAGCCCCGGAGGGAUCCGCCUGGCCCGCGGCCCCUCCACGUCUCCGAGGUCGGGACAGGGACAUAAGUCAAUCCUCGAGCCCAGGGCGUCUCUCCACUCUGCCUCGACGUCCUCUCCGUCCGCUGGCAGCCACGGCGCUGUGCGUCCCGCUUCGACUCCCCCUGCUUUCCUUCCCAGUUUCUCGCCUCCAGACUGCUCCGACUCCGCUGCCUUAAAUUACCUGCCCCGGGGGAGGCGCGGCGCGGCGCAUGGCCUCAUGAAGAACUACAACUCCCAUGAGGCGCUGGGCCCGCGCAGGCCCGCCGCUGCCGGAGCCGCCGCGCUGGAAUCCCAUUGGCUGGGCCGACUCUGAGGCGGGAGCCCUGAUUGGUUGAGGGACCUGAGGCGACAGACUCCGGAAAGGGGAAGAGCAGCCAACAUGGCGGCGGAAAGCGGCGCGGGGCAGCAACAGUCGCAGGAGAUGAUGGAGGUUGACAGGCGGGUCGAGUCUGAAGAAUCUGGCGAUGAAGAAGGGAAGAAGCACAGCCGCGGCAUCGUGGCCGACCUCAGUGAACAGAGCCUGAAGGAUGGGGAGGAGCGGGGGGAGGAGGACGCAGAAGAAGAACACGAGCUGCCUGUGGACAUGGAAACCAUCAGCCUGGACAGAGAUGCAGAGGAUGUUGAUUUGAAUCACUAUCGCAUUGGGAAGAUUGAAGGAUUUGAGGUACUGAAGAAAGUGAAGACUCUCUGCCUCCGCCAAAAUUUAAUUAAAUGCAUUGAGAAUCUGGAGGAGCUACAGAGUCUUCGAGAGCUGGAUCUUUACGACAACCAGAUCAAGAAGAUUGAGAAUCUGGAGGCGCUAACAGAGCUGGAGAUUCUAGAUAUUUCUUUUAAUCUGCUGAGAAACAUCGAAGGGGUUGACAAGUUGACACAACUGAAAAAACUCUUCUUGGUCAACAAUAAAAUCAGUAAAAUUGAGAACUUAAGCAACUUACAUCAACUACAGAUGCUAGAGCUGGGAUCUAACCGCAUCCGGGCAAUCGAAAAUAUUGACACGUUAACCAAUCUGGAGAGUUUGUUUUUGGGGAAAAACAAAAUUACUAAACUUCAGAACCUGGAUGCGCUCACCAACCUGACGGUCCUCAGUAUGCAGAGCAACCGGCUGACCAAGAUCGAGGGUCUGCAGAACCUGGUGAACCUGCGGGAGCUGUACCUCAGCCACAAUGGCAUCGAGGUCAUCGAGGGCCUGGAGAACAAUAAUAAACUCACCAUGUUGGACAUUGCAUCAAAUAGAAUCAAAAAGAUUGAAAACAUCAGCCAUCUAACAGAGCUGCAAGAAUUCUGGAUGAAUGACAAUCUUCUUGAGAGCUGGAGCGACCUCGACGAGCUGAAGGGAGCCAGGAGCCUGGAGACGGUGUACCUGGAGCGGAACCCCCUGCAGAAGGACCCCCAGUACCGGAGAAAGGUCAUGCUCGCCCUCCCCUCUGUGCGGCAGAUCGACGCCACGUUCGUCCGGUUCUGAGUCCUCCUUGCUCCUCACGGGGUCCCUGUCCUCGGAAGAACUGCCCAGCCACAGUUUUUUAACCCACCUGUUGUUCCUGAGGUCGUCACUGUAUCAACAGUCACCAACCCGAUGGCAAUAAAGGCACUGACAGUAGCUAACGCGCGAGGCCACGCAC